AUGACCAACUCCUGCUGCCCCUCUUGCUGCCAGCCUACCUGCUGCAGGACCACCUGCUGUAAGCCAACUUGUGUUACCAACUGCUGCAGCACACCCUGCUGCCAGCCCAGCUGUUGUGAAACCACCUGCUGCAGGACAACCUUCUGUAAGCCAACCUGUGAGACCAGCUACUGCUGCCAGCCCUGCUGCCAACCCAGCUGCUGCAAAUCCAUCUGCUGCACGACCAGCUGCUGUAAGCCAACCUGUGUGAUCCCCUGCUGCCAACCCAACUGCCAGCCCAGCUGCUGCAAAACCAUCUGCUGCAGAAACACCUGCUGUAAGCCAACCUGUGUGUCCAGCUGCUGCUGUACACCCAGCUGCUGUGAAACUACCUGCUGUAAGACCAUCUGCUAUAAACCAACCUGUGUGACCAGCUGCUGCCAGCCAUGCUGCCAACCAAGCUGCUGUGAGUCCAGCUGCUGCCAGCCCAGCUGUUAUGAGACCAGCUGCUGCCGGUUGCCCUGCCUCCCCAGCUGCUGCAUCACAUCCUGCUGCCAGCCCAGCUGCUGCAGUGAGCCCUGCUGCCAACCCAGCUGCUGUGUGGCCAGCUGCUGCCAGCCCAGCUGCUGUGUGGCCAGCCCAGGCCUGCACAGAAAGAAGUCAUUGUCUUCUGGAAAGCUGACCCGUGAACAGGAGCCCAGCUUCCACAUCCAACACCAUGACCCAGUCCUGCUGCUCCCCUUGCUGCCAGCCCACCUGCUGCAGGACCACCUGCUGCAGGACCACCUGCUGCAGGACCACCUGCUGGAGACCAAGCUGUGUGAGCAGCUGCUGCCACCCCACUACCAGCCUUGCUGCUGA